AUGUAUUCGACAAACCUCGCUUCUUACUUGGACAAUUGUUCAGACGCUCUCUCACUGAGAAAACUCCACGCUCGCAUUUUCGCUCACGGCCUCGGAAACAAUAUAUUUCUCGGCUUCAAGCUCCUGAAUUGCUACGCAAAGUUCGACCUUUUAUCAGAUUCCAGAUGGGUUUUCGACAGAAUCGUCAACGGGAAUCUGUCUCUCUGGAGUGCAAUUCUUGUUGGGUAUUUCAGAGCCGGUCAAUUCGACGAAGUUCUUCGGCGGUACGUGGAUUUGAGGCGAUGGAAUAUCGGGUUGGAUAGCGGCGCCAUUACGUUUGGUUUGAAAAGUUGUAUCGAGUUGGGGGAUUUGGGAUUUGGACGAGGGAUUCAUGGGGAUGCUUUGAAGUCUGGGUUUAGUUCAAAUGGAUUUGUGGGUUCGUCGCUUAUCGGGUUGUACUCUAGAUUUAGGUUUGUUGAAGAUGCAGCUGAAGUGUUCGAUGAAAUUACUGGGAGAGAUAUUGUUGCUCAGAGUGGCGACCAACGUGCUUGUGAGGCUUUUGGGUUUGCUCGCCGUAUGCAGCGGCAAGGAUUGCAUCCAAAUCGGGUCACUCUUGUUAGCUUACUUCAGGCAGCGUCGCAGUUAGAGUUACUGAAAGAAGGACGUUCAGUCCAUGGCUGUGCUAUUAGAAGAGGAAUUGGUGGUUCGGAUGAAGUAUUCGAAACAAGUCUCGUGGACAUGUAUAACAAAUGUGGAUCCCCAUUUUUGGCUAUAUGA